AUGAUUGGACGAGAUGAUAUAGAGCUGUACUGUGUAACAUACCAGCUAAAGAUUUUAACAACAGCCAUAUUCUCCUGGGUGAUUCUAGGCAAACAACUCAGUCCAAUACAUUGGCUCUCCUUAUGUUUCCUUAUGCUUGGAGUUUCUCUUGUACAGGUUGAUAGUGGAAGUGGCAGCACAAGUCCCAGCAAAAUAUUACCAGAAGUUGAGGUUGUUGAGGGUGGAGACCCCAUGAUCUUAGGAGGCUCAGAGGAUGGGGCUGGCUUCCCCCCUCCUGAUAUACACAAUGAAGCACACCCAAACACAGAAGUCUCAUGGCUUUUAGGAAUCUUUGCAGUUUUUAUAUCAUGCAUCUCCAGUGGCUUCUCUGGAGUAUAUUUUGAGAGGCUGGUCAAAAGAGGAAAGCAGCCAUCUCUCAUUAUCAGAAAUAUUCAACUUGGGAUGUUUUCUAUUUUUUUUGCUGUAAUAGCAGUAACCAGUGAUGGAGCUGCAAUCUCAGAAGGAGGAUUCUUCCAAGGGUAUACCUUGACCACAUGGGGUGUUGUCUUGAUACAGGCAUUUGGUGGCUUGAUGGUAUCAGUAACCAUGAAAUAUGCUGACAAUAUCUUGAAGGGCUUUGCCACAUCGCUGUCUAUUGUCAUGUCAACACUAGUGUCCUGGUUGGUCCUGGGAGAUGCAGCUCCUUCUAUGCAGUUUGUUUUAGGAGCUUCGAUUGUCAUUGCAUCAACAGUUCUGUAUGGUUUGACCCCCCAGGCAGCCAAGGGCAGUAACCAAGGGAAUCUACAACCAAGAGCUGACAGCCCUCAUAAGGUGUAAGACAUGUUUUGUUUG